AGUCGCCGCCCGAACCAGGCCGCCGAACGUCGCGCCUUGGCCAUCCGCGCUCAUACUCAUACCGGGUUUUAGUUUCGUACCACGAUGACAUAGCCCUAGUGCCGUGCAACGAGACUACGUGAAGCGCACAUAUUUUUAAGUUUUUUCGUUGGAACGAGGAAACCGUAAAGGUCCCCGUUGUUGCAGAACUAGCGACGACCCACCCCAUUCCGUUGAGGGACAGAGGCGAGACCAAGAGGCGGCUUACACCUUUUUAUCCGCCUUUUUAUAAAGACUAGCGAAAAUGGGCGAGCAUGGCCGUACCGACUCGUACCGCGUCGCGACCAUCGGGCCCAUAAAGGAUGAUAAUAGAACCGCAGACGGGCAGUACAAGACACGCCGGAAACCCCCCGCAAAAAAACGGAAAGCAGGAGACUUAGAUGAUCUCAAGCAGGAGUUGGAUAUUGACUUUCACAAAGUAACACCAGAGGAGCUCUACCAAAGAUUUCAGACACAUCCAGAAAAUGGCCUUAGUCAUGCGAAAGCGAAAGAGAAUUUGGAAAGGGACGGUCCAAAUGCUCUCACCCCGCCAAAACAGACGCCCGAAUGGGUGAAGUUUUGUAAAAAUCUGUUCGGCGGCUUCGCGUUAUUAUUGUGGAUUGGUGCUAUUCUAUGCUUUAUUGCCUACGGAAUUCAGGCGAGUACCGUCGAAGAACCAGCGGACGACAACUUGUAUCUCGGAAUCGUAUUAGCGGCUGUGGUGAUCGUCACGGGCAUAUUCUCGUACUACCAGGAAAGCAAGUCGUCCAAGAUCAUGGAAUCCUUCAAGAACAUGGUGCCCCAGUUUGCUACCGUCAUCCGCGAGGGUGAGAAGCUGACGCUGCGAGCGGAAGACCUGGUACUCGGAGAUAUUGUUGAGGUGAAAUUCGGCGACCGCAUCCCAGCUGACAUCCGCAUCAUCGAGGCGCGAGGCUUCAAAGUAGACAACUCCAGCUUGACCGGCGAGUCCGAGCCCCAGUCCCGUGGUCAUGAAUUCACCAACGAGAACCCGCUUGAGACCAAGAACUUGGCUUUCUUCUCUACCAACGCUGUUGAGGGCACCGCGAAGGGAAUCGUCAUCUGCUGCGGAGAUAACACGGUGAUGGGCCGUAUCGCUGGUCUGGCCUCUGGUUUGGACACGGGAGAGACCCCCAUCGCUAAGGAGAUCCACCACUUCAUCCACUUGAUCACGGGCGUGGCCGUAUUCCUCGGAGUCACCUUCUUCGUCAUCGCUUUCAUCCUUGGUUACCACUGGCUGGACGCUGUCAUCUUCCUUAUCGGUAUCAUCGUAGCCAACGUACCCGAAGGUCUGCUCGCCACCGUAACCGUAUGCCUGACCCUGACUGCCAAACGCAUGGCCUCAAAGAACUGCCUGGUAAAGAACUUGGAAGCCGUAGAGACCCUCGGAUCCACGUCUACCAUCUGCUCUGACAAGACCGGAACCCUGACCCAGAACAGAAUGACUGUGGCCCACAUGUGGUUCGAUAACCAGAUCAUUGAAGCUGAUACCACUGAGGACCAGUCUGGAGUACAAUAUGACCGCACCAGCCCCGGAUUCAAAGCCCUCGCCAAGAUCGCUACUCUCUGCAACCGCGCCGAAUUCAAGGGAGGCCAAGACGGCGUGCCCAUCCUGAAGAAGGAAGUCGCUGGUGACGCGUCCGAAGCCGCUCUCCUCAAGUGCAUGGAACUGGCCCUCGGAGAUGUUCUGUCGAUCAGGAAGCGCAACAAGAAGGCUUGCGAGAUUCCCUUCAACUCCACCAACAAGUACCAAGUGUCCAUUCACGAGAGCGACGACCCCAGCGAUCCCCGCCAUCUGUUAGUAAUGAAGGGAGCACCCGAGAGGAUUCUGGAACGCUGCAGCACUAUCUUCAUUGGCGGAAAGGAGAAGGUCCUCGACGAAGAAAUGAAGGAAGCGUUCAACAACGCGUACCUCGAACUCGGCGGCCUCGGCGAGCGUGUGCUCGGCUUCUGCGAUCUGCAACUGCCUUCGGACAAAUACCCCAUCGGAUACAAGUUCAAUACUGACGACCCUAACUUCCCUCUGGACAACCUGCGAUUCGUAGGACUCAUGAGCAUGAUCGAUCCUCCCCGCGCCGCCGUGCCCGAUGCCGUGGCUAAGUGCCGAUCUGCUGGUAUCAAGGUUAUCAUGGUGACUGGUGACCACCCCAUCACUGCCAAGGCCAUCGCCAAGUCUGUAGGCAUCAUCUCAGAAGGCAACGAGACCGUUGAGGAUAUCGCCGCUCGCCUGAACAUCCCAGUAUCUGAAGUCAACCCACGUGAGGCCAAGGCGGCUGUCGUCCACGGCACUGAGCUGAGGGAACUAAAUUCGGACCAGCUUGACGAAAUUCUCAAGUACCACACGGAAAUCGUAUUCGCCCGUACCUCGCCGCAACAGAAGCUGAUCAUCGUAGAAGGUUGCCAACGCCUCGGCGCCAUCGUGGCUGUGACUGGUGACGGCGUCAACGACUCGCCCGCUUUGAAGAAGGCCGAUAUUGGUGUCGCCAUGGGUAUCGCCGGAUCUGAUGUGUCCAAGCAAGCCGCCGACAUGAUCCUACUGGACGACAACUUCGCCUCGAUCGUGACUGGCGUGGAGGAGGGCCGAUUGAUCUUCGACAACUUGAAGAAAUCCAUCGCGUACACUCUGACCUCCAAUAUCCCUGAGAUCUCUCCCUUCCUUGCCUUCAUCCUCUGCGACAUUCCCCUGCCACUCGGCACUGUAACUAUCCUCUGCAUCGAUCUUGGAACCGACAUGGUGCCAGCGAUUGCGCUCGCGUACGAGGCGGCCGAGGCAGACAUAAUGAAACGCCCGCCUAGGAACCCAUUUUGCGACAAACUAGUCAAUGAGAGGCUGAUCUCGAUGGCCUACGGGCAGAUCGGAAUGAUCCAAGCCGCUGCCGGGUUCUUCGUCUACUUCGUGAUCAUGGCUGAGAACGGAUUCCUGCCGCUGCACUUGUUUGGCAUCAGGAAGAUGUGGGACUCCAAGGCUAUCAACGACUUGACCGACUCCUACGGACAGGAAUGGACCUACCGCGACCGCAAGGCUCUCGAGUUCACGUGCCACACCGCUUUCUUCGUGUCCAUCGUGGUGGUACAGUGGGCCGACCUGAUCAUCUGCAAGACGCGCCGCAACUCCAUCGUGCACCAGGGCAUGCGCAACUGGGCCCUCAACUUCGGCCUGAUCUUUGAGACGGCGCUCGCUGCCUUCCUGUCUUACACGCCGGGAAUGGACAAGGGUCUCCGGAUGUACCCUCUCAAGUUCGUGUGGUGGCUGCCCGCUAUCCCCUUCAUGCUGUCGAUCUUCAUCUACGACGAGAUCCGGCGCUUCUACCUGCGCCGCAACCCGGGCGGCUGGCUCGAACAAGAGACUUACUACUAAACACCAAGACCACUGUCCACACCGUCGUGCAUCACUUAGUUACUGCGUACAUAAACUUCAUUUGUGUUCUUACACACGGAACGCACAGCCCCUAGGCGCGACGAGCGAGCAGCUAUAAUACUCUACGUUUAGUGUCCUGUGCGGCCGAGCCGGGGCGUUCCACCUCCAGCGAGCCAAGCCUAGGGCUGUGCGCUGCGUGCCACCAGACUGACAGAGGUUGCGGUGCCGUUCCGGUGUAUGUGUAAUCGCUGUCGUGUACGCUUCUCACUGCUUGUUACCGCAUCGCUCCGCAGGGGCACGUACCUGUCGUGUUGUAUGUUCGCUCGUGCGUAACGUGACCGAGCCACGCGGCGGCGCGGGGCCCGGCCCUCCGCGCACAUCACUAUUAUUGUUUUAACGAACUAUGUAUGUAUAUAAGUGGAGCAUGAAGUUUGAUAUUUGUGAUGAAAAAAAUAUUAUACACAUAUUAUUUUAAAUCGUGAAUCAUGUUAUUUUUAUAUUGAAAUCGUUUGAAAUGUAAUUUGAGUAUCUCGAAUGUCAUGUCACUGUGACAAGUUGAUGAA